AUGUUAUCCGACGAUUCAUUAGAAAUACCAACAAAAUCGCUACCAAAUGUAGAAUCAUUGUCACCAUCAUCUCAAUUACUUUCAUCGGAUAAAGGUAGAGUAAAACGUCGUCAACAUAAUGAAUCAAAUACAACCGAUUGUUCUUCGAUACCUCCUGUUAUACGUCAUACAACAUCAUGGCGAUGGGUUAUUGUUUUUUCAUCAUUUUGUGUUCAUUUUGUUGCUGAUGGUGUUCUUUUUUCAUUCGGUAUUUUAAUGCAUGUAAUUAAAGAUGAUCUCAAUAUUGAAUUACAUACAGUUGGUAUUAUUGCAUCGUUAUUCCUUAGUUUACCUCUGUUUUUAGCACCAUUAGCUAGUGCAUUAGUUAACAAACUAGGAUGUCGAUUUGUAACUAUGUUAGGUGGACUUCUUUGUUCAAUUGGUUUAGUUUUAGCUUCAUUCAUUGGAAAUUUUAUUGGUGCUCUUAUUGGUAUUGGAAUUUUUUGUGGAACCGGUCUUUCAUGCAUUUAUGUUCCAGCAGUUGUUAUAGUAGCACAUUAUUUUGAUGAACAUCGUGCUAUUGCAACAGCUAUUGCUGUUGGUGGAACAGGUCUUGGAAAUGCUAUUGUUGCACAACUAAUUCAUGUUUUAAAUAAUUAUUAUGAUGAUUGGAGAGAUACAACAUUAUUUUUGUCCGGAGUUUUUUUUACAAUCGUUGGUUUUGGUGCACUUUUUCGUCCUGUAGAAUUUUCAUUUCGUCGUAAAAGUAAAAAUUAUCAUCGUAAAAGUAAUGAUAGUCAUUUACCAUCGAUAUUGAUGGCUUCAACGGAAAAAUUACAAUUGUUUAUAAAUGAAAUGGAUAAACAAUGUAUAUCAAAUAAGAGUAAUCAACCUGUUGACAUAUCAAUAUCAAAUCAUGAAACAAAAAAGUUAGGUUUAUUUGAUUCAUAUUCAGCUGAUGAUAUUAAAAAACUUGAAGAUGAAUUUAAUGAUAAUAUACAUGUAACAACAUGUCGAGAAAAAAUCCCUAUAACCAAGGUUCAUUUUUCAUUAAAAAGCCAAACUAAAAAUGAUAAAACUAUUGAGGAAAUAGAUUCAGUAAGAUGUUUUUCGCCUCAUUUUCUUUCUCGUACAUCAGAAGAACAAUUAUUAGAAGUUUAUUAUCAACCAAUAAGUCAAAAAGAUAUUUUCUAUCCUGGUAAUGUACCAUUAAAACGUUCUAAUUUAUCAAGAAAAAGUUGUCCAAAUCUACUUCAAUCUUAUGUUUAUGAAGAAUCAUUUACAUCAAUAAUUGAUGAUAAUAGUAAUUCAGUCCGUGGUCGUCAUCGACGAUUAGUAUUCUAUCAUAAAGGUUUAUCAUUUUUUCGUACAUUACGACGAAUGUUAGGUUUAGAAUUAUUUCAUGAUUAUCGUUAUGUCAUUUUUUUUAUAUCACAAUUUUUAUUUUAUUUAUUUUAUGAUUUAAUUUAUCUGUUUCCAGUCGAUUACGGUGAAACAUUUGUUGGUUAUUCAAAAAAACAAAUGACUAUGUUAGUAACUGUACUUGGUUUUGGACAAUUUUUUGGACAACUUCUAUUUGGAUUUUUAGCUACUUAUGCACGUAUUAAUGAAUUAAUACUUUAUGAUAUAGGUGCAGUACUUUGUGGACUUGCCAGUUUACUUAUACCAUAUGUUGUUUAUUCAUAUAUUGCAUUAAUUAUGGCUAUUCUACUUUUUGGACUUUCUAUAUCAGCUAAUUAUGCAUUAACAUCAAUUAUUCUUGCGAAUAUGUGUGGUUUAGAAUCGUUAACAUCAGCUUAUGGACUUAUUUUACUUGGACAAGGUAUAUCAUCAUUAUCCGGUCCAGUUAUUGGAGGUUGGAUUGCAGAAAAAUACGGAUAUAAAUCAUCAUUAAUUAUAGCUGGUAUAUUUAUGGGUAUAUCUGGAUUUGUAACACUGUUGAUACCUUUAAUUCAACGAUUAUAUAAAAAUGAAAAAGAGAAAGAUACAAAUACUGAAGAAACAAUCAAAAUAAAUACUAUAACGAUGCCAUUAGAUGAUUUCAAUUGA